UGUGCGGGGAAGAGGCAGCAGGCAGCUAUCUCUCUCCCCACCCCUCCCCACUCUUGGGUUCUGGGCUGAGGCCAGGGACUGUCCGGAGCUGAUCUUGGGCUCCCAUUGGCCGCUGUCUUUUGUGACGUCACGAUCAUGAUGGGAAUUGAUGAUCGGACACGCUGAUUUCAUUGUCUGAGGAGGCAGUGGAGACCCAGGAAAAAUCUUGCUGAAUCCGCCUGCCCUAGCACUGGCCUGAUCUGGGAUCCUCUGAUCCCUCCCGUGACCGCACUACACCCGAGAUGAAUCUGCGUUCUGUAUUUACUGUAGAACAACAAAGGAUUUUACAGCGUUAUUAUGAAAAUGGAAUGACAAAUCAAAGUAAAAAUUGCUUUCAGCUCAUAUUACAGUGUGCACAGGAGACUAAGCUGGACUUCAGUGUAGUCAGGACGUGGGUUGGCAAUAAGAGAAGAAAAAUGAGUAGUAAGAAUUCUGAAUCAGGAGCAGCAACAACAGGAACUGUUUCUGGUGCUUCUUUGGUAGCUCCAGAUGUUACAGUCAGAAAUAUGGUUAAUGUUGCUCCACCCUCAAGCCAACAGUCUUCUUGGACAUCUCCCAAUAAUGACGUCAUUGUAACUGGUAUAUACAGUCCAGCCAGUUCGUCAAGCAGACAAGGGACAGCCAAACAUACAAGUACACAAAUUACAGAAGCACAUAAAAUCCCUAUUCAGAAAACAGCCAGUAAAAAUGAUACUGAGUUUCAGUUGCACAUUCCUGUUCAAAGACAAGUAGCACACUGUAAAAAUGCCUCUCUGCUCUUAGGUGAAAAAACAAUUAUUUUGUCAAGACAGACAAGUGUGCUAAAUGCUGGAAACUCUGUAUACAAUCAUACAAAGAAAAACUAUGGAAGCUCUUCAAUGCAAGCCUCUGAGAUAACGGUACCUCAAAAGCCAUCUGUGUGCCACCGACCUUGCAAAAUUGAACCAGUUGGAAUUCCAAGAUCAUAUAAGCCUGAACACAUGGGUUUAGCAUCACAUAACUUGUGUGGGCAAAAGCCACCUAUUAGAGACCCUUACUGCAGAACACAAAACUUGGAAAUCCGUGAAGUAUUUUCAUUGGCAGUUAGUGAUUAUCCUCAGAGAAUUCUGGGAGGAAGUGCCCCACAAAAACCUCCUAGUUCAACAGAAGGAACUUGUUUGUCCAUUGCAAUGGAAACUGGAGAUGCUGAUGAUGAGUAUGCCAGAGAGGAAGAGUUGGCAUUGAUGGGAGCACAGAUACCAAGCUACUCAAGAUUUUAUGAAAGUGGCAGUUCCAUUCGAGCUGAGCACCAAAGUACAGCUUUGCCCGGACCAGGAAGAAAUAUGCCAAAUUCACAAAUGGUGACUAUUAGAGACUUGUCAGACAAUGUACUGUAUCAAAAUAAAGAAUACCGUUCGACACCACAGACCUCAUUACAUUCAGCAUCUACUACAACGUACAGUAAUACAAACCCAUCACGGAGUAAUUUUUCUUCACAUUUUGCAUCAUCAAAUCAAUUGAGAUUAUCACAAAACCAAAACAAUUACCAGGUAAUGUGUAAAUUUAUUUUUAAAGGUUUUUUAAAAGUUUGGUAUAAAAAUUGUGUGGGUCCAAUUGGACUUGAGACUUGGUGUGUUUUACAGCUACAAGACCGCACUCAGUUCAGUGACCGAGACUUAGCCACCCUUAAGAAGUACUGGGACAACGGCAUGACCAGUCUUGGCUCUGUUUGUAGAGAGAAAAUUGAAGCAGUUGCAACUGAAUUAAAUGUUGACUGUGAAAUAGUUCGGACUUGGAUUGGGAAUCGAAGAAGGAAAUAUCGCCUGAUGGGAAUUGAAGUUCCACCUCCAAGAGGAGGCCCUGCUGAUUUUUCUGAGCAGCCUGAAUCUGGUUCUUUGUCUGCACUCACACCAGGAGAGGAAGCUGGUCCAGAAGUAGGAGAGGAUAAUGACAGAAAUGAUGAAGUAUCCAUCUGUUUGUCUGAAGGAAGCUCUCAAGAGGAAUCCAAUGAUAUUGUUCCAAAUGAGACGAGGGCUCAUAAGGAGGAGGACCACCAUGCAGUAUCUGCAGAUAAUGUGAAAAUAGAAAUUAUCGAUGAUGAAGAAAGUGACAUGAUAAGUAAUUCUGAAGGAGAACAAGUGAAUUCUUUCUUGGAUUAUAAGAAUGAAGAAGUCAGAUUCAUUGAAAACGAGCUAGAGAUUCAAAAGCAAAAAUACUUUAAACUUCAGACAUUUGUUAGAAGUUUAAUACUAGCUGUAAAAGCUGAUGACAAGGAACAACAGCAGGCACUGCUGUCAGAUUUACCUCCUGAAUUAGAAGAGAUGGAUUUCAAUCAUGCCUCGCCGGAACCUGAUGUUACCUCAUUCAGUGUGUCUUCUUUAUCAGAGAAAAAUGCCUCAGACAGUUUGUGAUGGGGGGUGGGGAUAUAUGAUACAGCAUUUUGGCUACCUAACAGGUACGCAUUUUAAGAUAAUUGCAUUCCGUUGCCCUGAAAUUCUUCAGUUGGAAAAACAUAUUGUUGAAACCAACAUGUUCUGUGAAGGAUAAACAAGAUAUAAUGACUACAGUGCAAAAAAAAGUAUGUAAAAUUUAAAACCAUUGCUUGAGAGAUUUUUCCAAACUGAUGGAACUCUUGGGAAAAUGUAUUUCACUUUGAGCAGUUUGGCUAUUAAAUGCAUAGUGUCUAAUUAAGUUUUUAAAAAUUUGGUUUUAUAGAAGAGUCUUAGUUCUAGUAAUAGUUUUGACCAGACACACACACAAAAAGGUAUUUCAACAUAGCUUAUCAAGUUACUGAAGCCUGAUUACUCUUGGUUUGUAAACAUUACAUCUUAUAUUUUCCUCUCUCCUUUUCCUGUCAUCUGCAUACACUUUUGCUCAGGAAAGUGGACUGAAAAUUGAAAACAAAACCUUAAAAAUGUUUUAACUUGGAUGAGUCUUGGAAUUUAUUUUUAAACACCUAUGAGAAUUUUGACUUAAGUUAAUGAUCGAAAAACUGAAGUGAUUACUAGCAUGUAAUUGUAAAUUAUUGGUAUUCUUCCAUUAUCUAACCCAAAUAUUUGGGAGGGAGGCAUUAUGAAAAAGUUAUUCACCAACAUGUAGUCAAAGAAAUUAUCUAGUGUAUAGAAACAAAAUGUUGUAAAAGAUUAGUCUUAAUGGGAACUCUUUGUUGCUACAGAUGACAAAUAUUGAAAAGAUUCACAUUCUACUGAUAAAUUUGUGUAACUGAGUUAGGUGAAAUGUUGCACAAAUAUUACAAGUUUAUCACCAUCAUUAUAGUAUUUUUUUUGGUUUCUUACAUUUUAUGAAACAAGAAGUCAAGGUAAGCCCCUGAAUUUUUUUUUCUAUAUAGUCACUGAGCUUUGCCACAAAAUUUACCUCAUUUCCAUGUGAGUAUCGUACAGAGUCAUUAGCCAAGGAUAAUAUCCAAAAAGAGUUAUACUGCUUUGGUUGUAAAUCACAAUCCUCUGAAUUUCCUGGAUACUAUUCUCUGAGUACACUCCUAAAAUGGGAACACUACUCAGUUGUUCUAUUAGUAGGUACCAUAUGGCACCACACUGUAGACAAUUUUUUGCAGACCUUCCCUUUCAGGGUAUCAGAUGGCAUUACCAAGACCCAUAGAAGAAAACAUCCCAGUUUCUCCCUGAGCACACAGUAUCACAUAUUUUUAAGUUGGCAGCGUGGAAUUGUAUCACAUGGUUAAAUUACCAUCUAUAUCUAAAAGAUUAAUGAAGUGGCUGGAUGGGUCCUUUAGCCAUCAAGCUUCUAUGUCAGAUAUUUUUGUAAUUUGUAAAUAAAACCAGUUUUGAUCUUGGAAUUUAUAGGUACCAACUUAUGAUAAUAGAAAGAUAGUCAUGAAUGUCUUUGACCUUGAAAUGUCCCCUUCCUCCACACACACAUAGAUAAGAGUUAAUGAUAACUCUUCACUUUGUAAGCUAUUUGUUUGACUUAAUAUUGCUGCCAUGCUUCUGUCAUGGUUCUUUGUUAGCAAAAAUAUUUCAGUGGUUAGGUAUGCUCCCUUUUAGCUGACAGCCAUAUGGUUUUGUGUAAACAGUGUUUAGUACUCCUUGCUGACAAGUCAAAUUCCAUUCAGAGAAAAGAAGGCUUAGUAACAGAACCUCAGAUAUUAAGUUUAAAUUUAUCAAUCACACUAAUUCCUCUAUGAGAUAAAAAGUCUCUACUAUACAGCAAAUAUAAAAACCAUUUCUUAAGGUAGCCUGAACAGAUCUAGGCCUUCAAGUCUCUCUUAGGAUCUUUUUACUAGUCAUCGAGUUUAUCUUUAAACUCUAAUUUCUCCUACUUCAAUUUAAGCUCCUUGUUAUUUGAUUCUUGUUACAAGGCAAAGCUAGAUGAUCACGCCUCAGCAGUUAGUCACUAAAUCAAAAAAAUAUUCAUUGGACUCCUGUGGUAGGGACAUUGGUUUUCUACUCCUCAGCAAGCCAUAAACUUCAAAAUGAAUUAUUUCUUUUCACUUUUUAAGAGAUCUAAAUAAAAUUAUUUUAGUAGAAAUUUUAAUAGAUUUGAGGAUUAUGCUAAGUGAUCCUAGAAAGAAUCCUAGUCUACAGUUAUGAGAGGACCCAUAGAUGAUUCCCUUGUCCCUGUUUAAAGUUUCAUUGAAAUAGAAACUGCAUAAAUCAUAGUAGUCACUUAAGAAUUCUUUUGUCUUGGCAUUUAUAUUUCAACAUUAAAAUUAUUUAUUUUACUAUCACUGGAAUUAAAACAUUUCAAAAGUGAAAUGUGGUUUUUCUGUAGCAUGAACCAAAGGAAAUAGAUGUAUCCAGAAAAAAAACAUAAUUGACAAAAUUCAAUUAUACUCUAUAGAUUUUGAAAAAAAAUGCCAAGGUCAAGUAUUUAAAAAUCUUUUAUGAAGAAAAUAUAUUUUCACAUGCAGAUUGGAAUUGGCAUUGAGACAUUUUAAAGCAAGAAAAAUAUCAGUUUGUGGACUGCUUUUGUGAGCAUCUUCAUGACUAGAAGGAGAGAAACAACUAGUCUUUCUUUCUUUAUGG